GAAUGCAACGCCGCACACGCACUCAGACAGCUUGGCACUGAUUUUUGUACCAGCAAGCGCCACCGCGUCUACUUGAAAACAGCUCGUUCUAGUUGCGUCGUUUAAUUUUUAUUAUUACUAGUUGUGCUCAUCCUUCAGUUUCUAUCAGCAAUUUAUUAGUUUUUUAUUAUUUUGCUGUAGUUUUUCAAUUAAUUUAAUAUUAUUAAGUGAAGCGAUAUUGUAUUCGCCGUAAUCUGUGUGGUCUUCAUCUGACAACGACAACCGAUCACAACGUUUGUAUUGAGUUCAACCGAAAUAUGGCUCACGGUGCACCAGACGAACCUGUCGGUAAAGUAGAAGAAAAGAGGCCUAAAGCGCCUGUUGGCUCCAGAAGAAUAUUUCCUCCGCAAUUUAAAUUACAGGUGUUAGAUUCCUACCGACAAGACUCAGAUUGCCAAGGAAAUCAAAGAGCAACAGCUCGAAAGUAUGGUAUUCAUAGAAGACAAAUCCAAAAAUGGCUACAAACUGAGACAAGUUUACGAUUAGCAGUACAGCAAGCAGUUGGUGCACCAAAACCUCCUAAAACAGCCAUUACUACUGUUGAAACAUCAGGUUCUGAUAGUGAUGUUAAUGUUGAAGAUUUAUCCGAUACAGAAGAUUCUGCAUUAGAUCUAUCUACAACAUGCUUAGAUCUUACAAAACGUAAAAGAGAAGAAGAUUUGGAUUUAGAAUCUUGUAAAAAGCGACCAUUGGCACCUAUGGUAGAAACGGCUGAGAGACCAUUAUAUGUGAGUCCUAUCAGAUAUCCUUAUGUAGAUUACCCUCUCUAUUAUUGUUGGCCACCAUGUUGCUACAGACCAUGCUAUGUUGAAAGACCUGUUCCCCAAAGACUGACCUGUUCAUUGGACUUGAAAGUAUGUGCUUACGAACAAAAGGAACCUUCAUUAUUGGAUAUAUCGUAUCCACAAAAUUGGAAUAAACAGGAUUUCAGAUUUUCUAGUUCAGUAUAAAUUUUUAUUAAAUUUAUAUGGAACCAUUACUUAAACAAUGUUAAAUUUAUAAAUAUGAGUCUUAAUUAAUUCUGAAGUAUAUGUUGAGUGAUCUUUGACAAAGUAGUUGAAAGUUAGAACAGCGCUUAUAUAUAAUGCCAUUCAUUAUCCGUACCAUAUAUUACUAUUUUUAUUUUUACUUUUUUAGUUUAAAAAAAUAAACCUUUAAUUUUAUAAUAUUAAAGACUUAUAAAUUAGUAUAUUAUUUAAUAUAUCAAUGUCUUGCAAAUCUUUAUUGUAGGUACUACAAUGAAAUGUAUGGUAAUAUAAAACCAUAUAAAUAUAUUAUAUAUUAAAACUUAAUUUUAAAAUUGUAAUGUCAGUAAGUGUUAAAUAAAUAGAUAUUUAAAAUUUCUAUAGCAGAAUUAAUGUUUUUAAAAAAUCAUAAUAAUUUCAUUAAUUUAAAAUUUCUCUGAUUCUAUAAUACAUAUUGUAAACUAGCUCUUAUUAAAAAAAAAAAAAUUGAAUUUUUUUAAGUUCCUAUAAUAAGGCUAGACAUAAUAAAAAUACAACUUUUAUUUAUCAAAUUCUAACUUGAAAAAAAUAUGUGCCAAUAAAAAAUUGAAAAAAAAAUUGCUCAAGUCUUUUUGUCUUCCGAAUAAAAUUAAGUUUAUAAUGCUUUAAUAUUUUUCUUGCAUUGUGUGCCUUACAUUUUCUAUACUUAUUUAAAAUAUUAAACAUUGUGAAAUUUGUGUUAUCUCCUAAUGAGAUUAAAUUCUUGCUCAAUCAUGUUUUGAUUAAACUUUAUUGUAACCAUUAAUAUAACUAUAUUAUAUAAAUUUAAAUUAUUUUGUAAAUGUUACAUUGUAGAUCUGCUGCAUAAUAUGUAUAUUUUUAUAAAAAAUGUUUUGUAAAGUUAAAAUUAUUUUUAAAUCUAA